AUGAUCAGAAUUCUCUCUGAAGAUGACAAAGAUAAAUUUGCUAUCUUCAUUUCUACUGAUUACUCGAAUCGUCAGAAUUCAAAUACUCAGCAAUUUUCAAUUGCAUGUUGUACUGUGCCUGUAGUCUAUCUCACCUACGGAAUCGAAACAUUCUGGAAGAAUUAUCAAGAAGGAUUUCUAUUCAUUAUUCGACAUCUAUUGAAGAUGUUUCAAUGCAAGAUAACAACUAGUGCUCGGUGUUAUGAGAGUGAUUUAUUUCAACCAACAGUUUCUGAGCUGCUUAAUCAACAAGUGGAAUUCAAGGCGCUCACUAUUCUACAUACCCAAAACAUGUUGUUUAAUCGGAAAUUCAGUAAUUUUGGACUGAUUGAGGAUCUUAGAAUCAUAUCCGUUACUCACCCUGGUUUCAGACCAGUUUUCAGUUCAUGGCCGCAGAAGAUUAGUAUCAAGAGUUCGCAUUGGUUCACUUUGGAAUCUUUUUUGACAUGCACUUCCACCAACAUUAUACUCGAGGAGUCUUGCCUGGUAAACAAAGAUUUGGAUGUUGUACUUAGGAAGUGGAAGGCUGGAGGAUAUCAGAAUCUAAAAUAUCUCAAGAUCCAUAGCCUAAGAACGGCAUAUAAUGGAGAACAUGUUUUGGAAAUGAAUUGGAUGGAGUUAAACGGGAAGGUUAUCCAAAAUGAUGAUGGCUCAAAGAAAGCAACUAUUGAACUUGGCCCCCAAAGUAUUGAAAUAUAUGUGACUCCAUUUGAAUGA